AUGGCUUCCAACAAAUCCUCCUUUCUUCCUGCUCUUGCUGUAUCAAACAUCAAGAAUCAUGUUUCCAUUAUUCUUGAAAUGGAAAAUGUUCAAUAUUCCACGUGGGCUGAACUCUUCAAAAUUCACGCACGAUCAACCAAGGUGCUUGAUCAUAUCCUUCCUCCGGCCAACAGCACGACGACGGCUCCUUCUACUGCCGAAGAGAAGGAGCUUUGGUCCACUUUGGACGCCACGGUUCUUUCGUGGAUUUAUGCUACCAUUUCUAGUGACUUACUGCACACCAUUAUCGAACCCGAUUCAACGGCUAUGGAAGCUUGGGAUAGAUUGCGUGAUAUAUUCCAGGAUAAUCAACAUUCUCGUGCUGUUGCCUUGGAGCAAGAAUUCUCUGCCACUUCUAUGGAGAAAUUCUCAAAUGUCUCCUCUUAUUGUCAACGUCUCAAAUCAAUAGCAGAUCAGCUGAAGAACGUUGGGGCUCCGGUGUCUGAAAGUCGUUUGGUAUUACAACUGGUUGGGGGUCUUGCCCCUCCGUACCGUGGUGUGGGAACGUUGAUCCGCCAAAGCAACCCUCUACCUCCUUUUUACAAGGCUCGGUCCAUGCUCACUCUUGAGGAGGCUGGUUUGGCAAAGGAAGCAGCCACUGAGUCUGCUAUGCUCACCACUUCGACUGAUGAUGGGUCCCCACACACUGCAAAAUCUGGACAGUCGAAAAACCACUAUGGUUCGCACCAUUCAAGCGGUGGACGGCGCAAUCAUGGGGGUGGUCGCAAGAAUAGAGGAGGAAGGUCCUCCACUGGCGGUAAAGGCGGUGGUCGGGGGCCGUUUUCCGGUGGCCAAGGACGCUUCAUUUCUCCGCAUUGGCAGCAGCAUGACCAAAGUGGCAACCGUCCUCCGCAAUGGCAGCAACAACAACCU